CGUACGUUACGCUGUGAUGCCAUUCAUUGCAUUUUACCAUCGCGCUAAUAUACAAAAGGAAAAUAAAUUCAUCCACGCAUGGUGUGAAGAGGCUGGCUGCAAUGAAUCAAAAUCAACCGCAGUUGCCUAAUGGAUUUUGCAUUUUGGAAACUCAGGUGGCGGGCCAUCUUUUUUCAUCGGCUGCCUUGGGCAUGUUAAAGAACAACGGCUAUGUGUUAAAGCCAUUUGGCAAACCAGAAUGUGGGGCCCGUGAGCUCAAUUUCUAUGAGUGUGUGGAAAAGGCCGAAGAAGAUGAGGUUUUGAAGAAAUUGCAACAAUUCAUACCCAGGUUUCAUAGAAAAGUAAGACUAACCGUCAACCAAAAGGAGCAUACAUUCUUUCAAAUGGAGGAUUUGACACAUGGCAUGCAACAGCCCUGCAUAAUGGAUGUGAAAAUUGGUAAACGUACUUGGGACCCUUUGGCCUCACCCCAUAAGCGGGCAGUGGAAGAGAAGAAAUAUGUACAAUGCAAACAAGUGCUGGGUAUAUGUUUGCCAGGAUUCCAGGUGUAUAACGAAAAAGGUGAUAUAAAGAAAUACGACAGAGAUUAUGGCAAGCAAUUGGAUGUGGAGGGCUGCCGAGGGGCCAUAAGAAACUUCCUUAACUCCCAACAUAAGGUGUGUAGGCCUUUGGUGCAGGAAUUGUUGAGACAGCUUUAUGACAUACGCUUAUGGUUUCGGGAACAAAAACUAUACCAUUUUUAUGCCAGUUCACUGUUGAUAGUCUAUGACUAUGACCAACUACAAAAAAGACUGCAGCAAUCGGAGGGACAAGCAACAGCACCAGAGUGUCUACAUUGUCGCUGUGCUCCUCAUCACCAACAUCAGCAGCAUAAUGGUGUUCCCAAUGGCAAUCAUAAGACAUAUAUAGAAAAUAUCAAAGACAGCUUGGAGGAGCAUGUUGUUGAGGAUGACACACACAUUCCCAAAUCGCCUAAUAAUGCCUAUAGGAUUCCUGGUGAAUGUACCUGCUUGCAUAGGUUUAUUAAAAUAAGAAUGAUUGAUUUCGCACAUGUGUUUCCUGCCAGCAAUGGCUCGCUGGAUACCAACUAUCUCUUCGGUUUGGAGAGUCUCAUUAGCAUAUUGGAAGAUUUGCUGCAUUAAACCUCCAAAAACUCCAAAGUGCUAUGUCCUAUGCCAAAACAAUAUACAAAACUUAACUUAAGGAAAUGUACCUCUGGCCAUACUAAGUGUGGUGGUACUCCAUUCUCUUUAACCCCUUUGACUCAUCAUCAUGACCACUGUUGUUAGUAUCAUCAUCGCCAUCAACCACCCAGCCCAGUAUCGUCGUCUCGUACUUUCCGUACUAGUACAUCAUGCAACAAAGCGUAUUAUAUGCCUACUAUAAGUCACAAAUUUUUCUCGUAUAGAAAACUGAAAGCAAAGCAAUGGAAAAAUAAACAAAAAACAAGAAAAGAUAUUAAAAAUUAA